CCCAAGAACUCCGCUGCCAACUGUUCUAAUUUGGAUUUGCAGUUCUCCAGCCUGGAGGCGCUCAAGAAGCCGGCCUAUGAGCGUCUCUGCAACGGUAGCGACCAAGAGGGCAACGUCAGUUACUGUGACCCUGAGGUCUUCAACAUGACCGCAGAACAGCUCCGGUUUAAGUACUUGGGCCCCCGCCGGACGGAUUUCUUCGUUCCCAUCUGUACGACGUACCUCUUGAUUUUCGUGGUCGGUGCCGUGGGGAACGCCCUGACCUGUUUGGUGAUCAUCCGGCACCGCUUCAUGAGGACGCCCACCAACUACUAUCUCUUCAGCCUGGCUGUCUCGGAUCUCCUAGUGCUCCUCGUGGGGAUGCCCUUGGAGAUUUACGAGAUGUGGAGCAACUACCCGUUCCUCUUGGGUUCUGGCGGCUGCUGCUUCAAGACCUUGCUCUUCGAGGCGGUCUGCUUCGCCUCCAUCCUCAAUGUGACCGCGCUGAGCGUGGAGCGCUACAUUGCUGUGGUCCACCCUCUCAAGGCCAAGUACGUGGUGACUAAGAACCACGCCAAGAGGGUGAUUGUUGCUCUCUGGGUCUUGUCCGUGGUCUGCUCCAUCCCGAACACCAGCCUGCACGGCAUCCAGACCCUCUACGUGCCCUGUUGGGGGGUGGUCCCAGACUCGGCCACCUGCACGCUGGUGAAGCCGCGCUUCGCCUACAAUCUCAUCAUCCAGGUCACCACCAUCGUCUUCUUCUUCGUCCCCAUGGCCAUCAUCAGCGUCUUGUACCUCCUCAUCGGCCUCCAGUUGCGGAAGGAGAAGAUGCUGGAAGCCCUCGAGGCCAAGUCGGGAAACAGCUGCGAUUACCACAACGUCCGCCUCCAGCAGAAGAAAGCCAGGCGGAGGCAGGUGACGAACAUGCUGUUUGUGCUGGUGGUGGUCUUCGGCAUCUGCUGGGCUCCCUUCCACACCGACCGGCUGGUGUGGAGCUUCAUCACCCACUGGACCGAGACGAUGCAGCACAUGUUCCAGUACGUCCACAUCCUCUCGGGGGUCUUCUUCUACCUGAGUUCCGCCGCCAACCCCAUCCUCUACAACCUGAUGUCCACGCGCUUCCGCGAGAUGUUCAAGGAGGUGAUGUGCCACAGGCACGUUCAGACGCUGGGCUCCCGCAAGCAUUCGCCCAGCAGCACCCGGGUCACCGUGCGCAGCACGGUCUCGGAGCACAUCACGGGGGACAACGGGCAGCCUCUUUCCGACCUGGAGGAGUACGAGAUGGAUCCGGAGGGAGAGGACAUGGAGGAACGCAAAGCGCCAUACCUCUGA